AUCUCAUGUAUGUUCAUGUUUGGGAAUAUCGUACUCCUAUUGAGGAAGUAAUGCGUUCUUUAGAUGAUGUUGUUAGAAGUGGCAAGGCACUCUAUGUUGCGAUUAGCGAUUCUCCAGCAUGGGUGAUUAGUCGUGCGAAUGCGAUAGCUGAGUUACGUGGGUGGAGUCCUUUCAUUGGAUUGCAAACGCGGUAUAAUUUAUUAAAUCGAUCUUUGGAAUAUGAUUUAUUAUCUGCUUGUACUGAACUUGAUUUUUUUUUUAAAAAAUCUGGUGGUGGCAUCGAAAUUAACAUGUUAAUUUUUACCAUUAAGGUUGGAAUUAUUCCUUGGGGAUGUGUUGCUGAAGGAUUCUUGACUGGAAAAUAUACCAGAGGAUCAAUUAACAGCAUAAAAAACAGCGGUGAUAUUCGCCAUUUGCGUGAUGUUUCACUUAUUAGUUUAGCAGGACAAGAGCAAAGUUGGCAAAUACUUGACGAAGUUAAAGCUAUUGCUGCUGAAACCAAGAGAAUUCCUGUUCAAGUCGCUUUAAAUUGGAUCUUACAAAAACCUGGCAUUACUUCGCCUCUUAUUGGUGCUAGAACAAAAGCUCAAUUAGUUGAAAAUCUUAAAGCUCUUGAAUUCAAAUUAACACCUGAGCAAAUGACAAGAUUGGAUGCUGUUUCGGAAACAAAUAGACCGCCAUUUCCGUAUUCUUUUACACAAUCGAAUCUUGAGGCAUAUCUUG